CCAAGACGAGGGGUCGGAUUUUGUGCGUGGGAUGAUCGUUCGACGGCGCAUCGGGCCGUUGUUCUCCUUCUGCUGCUAUCGCCGGUUAGGUCUCGCCUUCGUCGUCGUCUGAGGGUGGGAGACGAGCCGAUCCUGCUUCCCAUCUCUUUCCAAGCAUCACCUGAUCCAAAGUAGAACUCGCCUUUUCUCUUCCUCUCUCCGGUUAGGGUUUCGCUCUCCACUCCGGGCAGAAGGUCGGAGAAUUCGUGGAUCCGAUGAGGCUCCCCGCGGGGGUUCUCAUCCUCGUCCUCCUAAUCGCUGCACCGAGGUCUAUCGCGGGUGAUGGCGCAUCCCCCUCGAACCAUACCAACAAAUUCCGCGACCGCGAAGCAAGUGACGAUAUGCUCGGUUAUCCCCAUUUAGAUGAAGAUUCUUUGUUGAAUACAAAGUGUCCAAAGCAUCUAGAAUUGAGAUGGCAAACUGAGGUUAGCUCCAGCAUUUAUGCAACUCCAUUGAUAGCUGAUAUCAACAGUGAUGGCAAGCUAGAGAUAGUGGUACCAUCAUUUGUUCAUUACCUGGAAGUGUUGGAAGGUUCUGAUGGUGAUAAACUGCCAGGAUGGCCAGCUUUCCACCAAUCAACUGUUCAUUCAAGCCCCCUCUUAUUUGAUAUAGACAAGGAUGGCACGAGAGAAAUAGGUCUAGCUACCUACAAUGGAGUGAUAAAUUUUUUCAGGGUCUCUGGCUAUAUGAUGAUGGAUAAAUUAGAGGUACCUCGUAGAAGAGUUCGUAAAAACUGGUAUGUGGGGUUGCAUCCAGACCCAGUGGAUCGUUCACAUCCUGAUGUUCAUGAUGAUCUACUGGUUGAGGAGGCUUCUGCAAUGAAUUCAAUGUCUCAUGUGAAUGGAAGCAUGUCUGAGACAAAUACUUCUAUUUCCUCAGAUAACUCGGUCAAUGCAUCUAAGCUGGAGGAUGAAGGAAAACUUGAUUCUACCCAAAGUGAUCAAUAUAAUGGGUCAUCAAUUAAUCUCAAUAAUAACACCAAGCAUGAUAUUUCAAUGGAAAAUGUUACAACAGACAAUACAACACAUAUACAGCGGAGGCUUCUUGAAGAAACUGAUGGUAAAGGUGCUCAAGAUGGACAUUCUGAAACUACCACUAGUGCUGGAGCAACUGUGGAGAAUGAUCAAGAUCUGGAAGAAGAGGCUGAUUCAUCUUUUGAUUUAUUUCGAAAUUCCGAAGAGUUGGCUGAUGAGUAUAAUUAUGACUAUGAUGAUUAUGUUGAUGAAUCCAUGUGGGGGGAUGAGAAUUGGACAGAAGAGAGUCAUGAGAAACUGGAAGAUUAUGUGAGCAUAGAUUCACACAUACUAUGCACUCCAGUAAUUGCCGACAUAGACAAUGAUGGCAUCCAAGAAAUGGUAGUGGCUGUAUCAUACUUCUUUGAUCGGGAGUAUUAUGAUAAUCCACAGCAUUUGGCAGAUUUGGGUGGCAUCAACAUUGAGAAGUACGUAGCAAGUGGUAUUGUAGUUUUCAAUCUUGAUACAAAGCAAGUCAAAUGGACUGCAGACCUUGAUUUGAGUGUUGAUUCUGGAAAUUUCCGUGCCUAUAUAUAUUCUUCUCCCACUGUUGUUGACUUGGAUGGUGAUGGAAAUAUGGACAUUCUUGUUGGAACUUCCUAUGGCUUGUUUUAUAUUUUGGAUCAUCAUGGCAAAGUGAGGAACAAAUUUCCACUUGAGAUGGCUGAGAUUCAAGCACCAGUAGUGGCUGCUGAUAUCAAUGAUGACGGUAAAAUCGAAAUAGUGACAGCUGACACACAUGGAAAUGUUGCAGCAUGGACUGCACAAGGAGAAGAAAUCUGGGAAGUGCAUCUUAAGAGUCUAAUUCCUCAGGGUCCAACCGUUGGUGAUGUUGAUGGGGAUGGUCAUACAGAUAUAGUAAUCCCAACGGUAUCAGGGAACAUCUAUGUUCUAAGCGGACAGGAUGGUUCACAUGUUCGACCUUUCCCAUUCCGAACUCAUGGGAGGGUGAUGAAUCAGAUCCUUUUAGUUGAUUUAAACAAACGCAAUGAGAAAUUGAAGGGGCUAACCCUAGUCACCACUUCAUUCGAUGGCUAUUUGUACUUAAUCGAUGGAUCUACAGCCUGUGCAGAUGUCGUUGACAUCGGCGAGACAUCAUACACCAUGGUCUUGGCUGAUAAUGUUGAUGGUGGAGAUGACCUUGAUCUUGUUGUCACAACCAUGAAUGGCAAUGUCUUCUGCUUUUCCACCCCAUCCCCACAUCAUCCUCUAAAGGAAUGGAGAUCACCAAACCAGGGUAGAAACAAUGUUGCAGUUCGCAGUAACCGUGAAGGAAUAUAUAUUUCACAUGCAUCCAGAGCUUUCCGUGAUGAGGAAGGAAAACAUUUCUGGGUGGAGAUGGAAAUUGUUGACAAAUACAGAGUGCCCUCAGGGUUUCAAGGACCUUAUAAUGUUACGACAACACUGCUAGUUCCUGGAAAUUACCAAGGAGAGAGACGUAUAGUGGUAAAUCAGGUCUAUGAUCGUCCAGGAAAGCAACGGAUCAAGCUUCCAACAGUGCCUGUGCGGACAACAGGAACCGUCAUCGUUGAGAUGGUUGACAAGAAUGGGCUCCACUUCUCUGAUGAAUUCUCUCUUACUUUCCAUAUGCAUUACUAUAAGUUGUUGAAGUGGCUUACAGUCUUGCCAAUGCUUGGGAUGUUUGCUAUCCUAGUUAUUCUCGGGCCACAAGAACGGGCUCCUUUGCCAUCCUUUUCACGGAACAUAGACUAAAUCAGGUCUAUGAUCAUCCAUGAGUGGUAUGAUUGGGGAAAGAUUUUGAAAUUUUAACUACUCAAGAGUCAUCAGUGGAUUCAAAUUGAAGCAUGGUCAGACUGUGGAAGUAUAUGAGGUCACUCUAUGGCCAGCUUAGUUGAAUUAUGAGUUCCAAAAGAAAUCUUGGCUGUUAAUUGUUGUGGUUGAUGGUCUUGCUUGCUCGAGCAUUUUAUCAGACCAGCAUAUUUUUUCUCUGGAGAAGAAAAUUGAGUAUUUUGCCUUAAAUUCCCCUCUCAUCCUCAUGGAAAAAUAUAAUUUGAGCUGAAUUAUCAUUAAGUUGUAGUUCUCUCUAUAUUUUCUUUUUCUAUGCGACGAACAACCUUGGUGUGGACGUAUGCAACCAAGAUUGCUGUUCUGGGUUGUGUAUAUUUAUAAGCACCAAUGUCAGGGCAUACUGUGGUGAUGACUUGUAUACGGAGAUGCGGAUGCUGAAGCAAAGCUUUCCACUGGGUUUGCUUCCAUGAUUAACAUCUGCGAUGCUUGAAGACUGUACUUGUUUUCUGCA